AUGACUAGAAAAUACGAGGUUCAAGUGAAUGACUUCGGUCCAAGUUGGCGUGAUGGGAUCGCAUUCAGUGCGAUGGUGCAUAACAUCGAUUCGCGCCUGGUGAAAAUGGACGAAUUAAAACAACGAAGUCACCGGGAAAAUUUAGAGUAUGCGUUCUCACAGGCAGAGACACAUUUGGGCAUUCCACGAUUACUGGAUCCUGAAGAUGUGGAUGUCGAUCGACCGGACGAGAAAUCGAUCAUGACUUAUGAUGCUCCAGAUUUCACACCGUCCAUGGAGGAGGUGAAAAGUGUUGCCGAGCUAAUCGCAGCGGUCCGGAAAACCGAGGCAGCAGUUAGCGUGGAAAUCAAUCGGAAAAAUGUGUCCCUGGAUGAACAGUAUCAGAAAUAUUUACAAAAUGUAGAUACCGUCCAAAGCUAUAUAAAGUGGCUUCAAAAAUUAGAAGCAGACUGGGAACAGGCCUCCACGAAUAAUUCAAAAUCGACCAGCGAUUUGGAAAUUGCCAGUGAAGCUCUCAACUCUCUGCGUGAUACACUGGACACGUGGCGAUGGAAACUGGACAGCAUGGUGCCGGGUGAGUUGGGCAAGGUUGCGCGGUGGAUCUGUCAAGCAGAACAGUGGCUCAAAGUUACCGCCAGAUCGUGGUAUCAAUCGGGCACAGCGAGUAAACGUAUAGCCGUCGUCGGACAACGAGAUGAGUCCUGGAGACCGAGUAGCGCUGAUCCACCGAACUCACCACCGUCCUUGCAAAAAGUGGAACAACUGAUUGAAGAGGAAAAGGAAGUAUUUGGACCAAACAAUUCGAAUGCUACAAAAAUGCGCGAUUUGCUCAGUUCCAGUCGAUCCCACUCCGAUUCUCAAUCAGACACGGUGCCAAAAAAUUUGAUGGAACAGUUGGGCAAACGCCUUGCCGAUGUGAUCGGGCGUGAACCCGGUUGUACUGCAGUGAUGGAUGCGGCCCGAGCUCGACGGAAGUUCCUCGAUUUACUUUAUGCACAAAAGAUUCAGGAGACAGAAAAAAGCGUGAACAUACGCAGCCGUCGUAAAACAUCCACUGCUGGUCUGGAAGAGCGUCUGGCUCAGUGGAAUCUCACAGUGGACGGACUACACACGGAAGAGAACAAAGAUUUGAUUGAGCAAAUGCUUAUUGACUACGAGAGCUGUACUCAAAUAGAGAAUAUCCCGGAGCAACUGGACCAAGCAAAAACCGAUCUCAACAGACAGUACGGGCUGUUAGAACAACUGGCUCGUUUGGACGAGAGCCGUCUGCCGAAGAAUGCACUCCGAGUGGUGGGGUCAUGGAAACGGGAGUGCGAACAGAAAUGGAAUGCGAACAAAUUGAAACAGUUAGAUGCAACGGGAUUGGCUCUGAAAAAACGUCUGGAUAUAUGGAACAAGUUUAACAUGCUUUCGGAUAAGAUUGAACGUGCUCUCGGUCAAGCUGAACGUCUUAUUUUGUCCCAAGUCCAACCUCCGGAGGACCGGGAAGACCUGAACGAAUGGGUCAAAGAAGCUCAAACGUUAGCCACACAGCUCGGUGCUUCCGGAGAUCACAAUCAGAUUCAGUCGUUCCGGAAGCGUCUGGCCCAUCUAAACGAGCAGAUAGAAGAACUAAAAAAUGUGGAGGUCAAACGCAUGGAGAAAGCGCGUCGGGACGAACGGGCUCAGGCAGAACGUGAACUGGGACAAUAUUUGGACAAAAUCGAAGAGUGGACGAGCAAAGUGGAAGGUUUCCUGAUCCCUUCGGACAAACGCAGGACUAAAGAGGCCCCGACCAAAUGUACUAGUGAACAUUUGGAUGAGUUGUUGGACCGCUUGAAUGAGAUUAUGUCAGGACAGACUAAGGCACAAGAACACUUACAAACCGCUGUCCGGAUCGCCAACAGCCCCCCGCUACAACCACCGGAAGGCGAAAGCCAGACACGCUUGAACAAACUUGAGUCCCAAAUGGAACACCUUUGUCCAACACUCAGUUCACAGAUGGCGAAUCUGAAAGAUCUGUUAGAAAAAACACGACACAUUGAGGCGGGACUGGAACAGAUUGAACGGGCAGAAAAACAAGCUGAAUUGUGGCAUGGAAAAUUAUCAUCGUCUGCGGCCCCCGAGGGUGCAGCGAAUAAUUCACGUAUAUUCUCAGAGGUAAGUUUCAAGCCUUGCGCAUCUUAA